UUUAUAUGAAGUCUAACUAAACCCUAAACCUUAAUAAGACCAUAAUGUCUGUCCUCCUAAUUCAUGUCUUCUUCCUCGUUGUCUUGCAACUAAUUUUCGUCACUUAUGUCACUCCAUCCCGAUCCCAAUUCCACCAAUGCCCUCCUUCUUCCUGCGGCAACAUCACGCGCAUAAGCUACCCUUUUCGACUCAGCACUGAUCCUUCCCAUUGCGGAUUGGACGACAUCAAUUUCCAGCUCGAUUGCCAUAAUAACCAGACACUUCUCAAUUUACAAGGACGAGAUUUUGCAACGAGGCAAUACAUAUCAACGACGCUUUUGGUGCUAAGUAUCAAUUAUGAACAAGAGCGGAUAAGGGUAGUCGACCCCGCUUGCAUCAAUAAUAUCAAUAUCAAUACGCCCGGAGACCUCUCCUCCUGUAGUAGCCAAUCAUACUAUUUUAGUUAUUCCUACAGCUUCUACAGCGAUGGAAUAAGUACGGUCCCGUUAAACAAAGCAGCAGCAUUCAUUCAUUGUUUGUCGUCCCCUAUUGCGAACGAUAAUAAUAAUAAUUAUGUUAGAGCCCCUUUCUUUGGCAACACAACAAAAACCAUCCAUUUUGGAAAUUCUUCCCGAUUCUAUAGUUAUGUCGUGCUUGGAUAUCCUGAUCGAUUAUCUUUGUCGGAUUUACAAGAGUCUUGCACGGUGGAUAAGGUGCUUUUGGUGUCCGCGCGCUCGUCUAUUACCAAUAAGUCAUCGUUCAUCGAUAUUUACGAGGCCUUGGCUUAUGGGUUUGAGCUUUCAUGGCGGGGAGUCGAUUCUGAAGGUUGUUGGCUGGAGGUUCCCUAUUUCACCUUAGCUCCCAAUCACAUUGUGACGGAAAGAUGUUGUGCAUAUGGUUACUCAUCUUUUCUUUGUAGAUAUGUUCAUAGACUUCAAUGGACAAUGGUUACGGUUUUUUGGACAAUUGGUAAGAUCUUGUCUAUAAGAUUGGCAAUUGGAUUUAUGGUUGGAUUUCCUCUUCUAUUGUGGUUGGUGAUCCAUAAAUGGAGAAGACGCCAUUUAUGCAAUGAUACAAAUAUUGAAAAGUUUUUACAAGAUCAACAUGAUUUUGCACCCAUAAAAUACAGUUACUCGGAUGUCAAGAAAAUGACGAGCAAUUUUAACGAAAAAUUGGGUGAAGGAGGCUAUGGAACUGUCUAUAAAGGAAAGCUUCGAAGUGGUCUUUAUGUGGCGGUAAAGAUGUUAGACCAAACCAUAGCCGGGGUCGAAGAAUUCAUCAAUGAAGUUGGCACAAUCGGGCGAAUCCACCAUGUCAAUGUAGUGCAUCUCGUUGGGUUUUGUAUCGAACGCUCAAAGUAUGCUUUGGUAUAUGAGUUUCUUCCUAAUGGUUCCCUCGAUAGAUAUAUCUUCAACGAACAAAGUUUAGGAGUGCUCGCCUUGACGCUCGACAAAAUGUUUGAAAUUGCACUUGGAGUGGCGCGUGGAAUUGGAUAUUUGCAUCAUGGUUGUGAUAUGCAAAUCCUACACUUUGACAUCAAACCUCACAACAUACUACUCGACGAGAAUUUCAAUCCAAAGAUAUCUGAUUUCGGGCUUGCAAGAUUGCACCCCACCAAUGAGAGCUUCAUAAAUUUAACGGGUGCAAGAGGAACAAUGGGAUACAUGGCACCCGAGAUGUUCUACAAAAACAUGGGAGGUAUAUCUUACAAGGCUGAUAUAUAUAGCUUUGGAAUGAUGUUGAUGGAAAUGGCGGGGAAAAGGAAAAUCACGAAUCAUUUGGUUGAAGAAACAACUCAAAUCUACUUCCCGAUGUGGAUAUAUGACCAACUAUGUGCAGGAAAGGACAUCGAGAUGAAAGAUGCAAGCGAAGAGGAAAAAAGAAUGGUGAAAAAGAUUAUGAUAGUCGCAAUGUGGUGCAUACAAAUGAGACCAUCCGAUCGACUUCCUAUCAACAAAGUAAUAGAAAUGCUUGAAAGUGAGUCCGAACCACGGAUGCCUUCAAGACCAUUUGCAGCGCCGCGUGAGAUAGAAGCCGAAACGGAUGAUCAUGGAACUCAAACUUAUCUUGUAGAUUGCAUCAACUUAGAUUUAGUUCAAAGUUGAACAUUUCGGCUUGUUUACAGCUUUAAGAUUGAUUGAAGUGCUCAUUAGAGUUAAUCAGUGAUUGCUAUGAGUUCUAUUAGUAUAGUAAGAGCAUGCAGGUUGUUAUUAUGUAAAAGUGAGUUCAUAUAAUUGUGCAUGAGAUUUAGAGUUUUUUAACAAGAGGAGCCGAAUAUAAUUUUAAAUAUUUUUGUUCGUUAUGUUUGUAACCAAAGGUUCGUGCUCGUUUGUUAAGUAUUCGAGUUUAUUUGUAUUGUUUAAGUUUGGUUCGUUAAGAAAUUUUAUUGUUCA